AACACUAAAGGGAAUAUGUUGUUCUUUUGUCUCAUUGCUCAUUAUAUAUAUAUGAGGCCACUAGUUGUUGAGUACUUCCAUAAACCUUUUUCAAGUUCUCCAUAGGCUAAAAGUUUAUAGUUAAAACAGAGAAUAUGGAGUCAAUGAAGUUAAGGGCACUUGCUAUGGCCUUAAUGUUUUUGGGAAUUUUUGUAGGGCAGUUAAGUGCUGCCUUCACUGACUGUUACACUAGAUGUUUCAUUUUCUGCAUGAUUGAUCCUUCUGAGACAGUAUGCAAAUGCACUACUAAAUGCUUAAAGCAAUGCAUUUUCAAUUCAGAUUCUGAUUCUGGUUCUGUUUCUACCAAUAAUGUCCACAACAAAAUAGACAGUAGCAACCUUAAGUUCUGUAAAUUGGGCUGUGCCUUGUCUGCUUGCUCCACUCUCAGCAAAAAACAUCAACCAAAUGGUGAAAAGAUGGAUGGCUGUGUUGGAUCUUGCUCAAAGAACUGCACCAAGAGCUACUGAUGGCCAUAAAAGUGGCAUUAUUAGUGGGGUUUUAUUAUCCCUCUUUUUAUCUUUAUGAUUUCUCUUAUUCUCCUUUCUUGUUUUUUUUCUUCUCUCCCUUUUUUUUUUCCAAAUUAAGGAUGGAAAAUCAUCAGCAGAAUGUAGGUCUUGUACCCUAGUAAGAGCUUCCAAAGUGGGUAUGUUAUGUAUCAGUAUUCACCUACUCAUAUAACAAUCCAUUUGUGAUUUAUCUA